AUGAUUUUCAGGACUGCUUUCGAAAGUGAAUGGACCGCUGGAAGAAGGUCAUUACUUCGAAAGGAGAUUACUUUGAAGACUGUCAUAUUACUUCAGAACAGCAAUGAUGAACUGUCCGAUUGGUUAGUUGAACCGUUCGUAAAGCAGGAGCUCAAAGAAGGAGGCUGCUUCGAGUUCGUGACUGUUUCCAAUCAACUGUCUUCGGACCACGAGAAUGAACAAUGCACCGCGGAAAAGAGCAACGAUGAAGAACCGGAAAUCUGCGAGGUAGCUUUUCACGGUCAGCUUAAGUAUCUACUCUGUGACUCGCCGAUCCUUAACAGCGUGGAAGCAAAUGUGGUCCAGAAAAAUUCCAAAUCUUGCCAGCAAUUCCGUUGCGAUGGCUGUGGCAGAGCGUACACGAGAGUCGACAGCCUGAAACGUCAUCAACAGAAAUGCGACGAGCUUCUAGCGUCGUUUCAGGAUCGGCAAGAAGCGUUAGAAAGGCUUCAGCAGCAGGAAUAUUAUUGUAAUCAAUGUGGCAAAUCGUACAAAAGGCUAGAUACUCUGCGUCGGCAUCAGCGCAAUCAAGUAUGCGCUGACAAAGACAGCAACAAUUCUUCAAAAAUAGAUAAGCCGAGUUUAUAA